GGGAAGAGGAGUCGGUACCGGAGGCGCUGGGCGGCGGCGGCGGCGGGCGGGGCCCGGUUCGGUUCGGUCCGGCAGCGCAGGUCCCGCCGCUCGGCUCUGUCGGGGCUCGGGGGCCCCUGUGGGGGGGGGCAGAGCCGCGCUCCCCUUCCCCCCUCCUCUGUCUCCUCAUCGCCAUCGCCUCUCGGUACCCCCUGCCCCGAACCCGGCGGGUCCAAACCCUGAGGGGGAGCGGGCAAGGUCCGGAGGUGCUGGAGGUGCAGUGAGCAGAUUGCAGUGUACAUCUCUCCAUGUCAGAGCAACCAGGGCUUCAUGGAAACCUCUUCCAACACUUGAGUGUUAUCCAUGGGAAUACAGAGAUGGGAAUCUGGAGGCUGAGCUGAAUUAAAGUAGCAAAGAAACACCUAAUGCUGGACUAAUUUAAGAAAACAGGGCAGCACUUCAAGGCUUGACAAAUGCAUCCCAGGUUGAAAAACUGCUGCAUUCCUCCUCCUCUUCCUCCAUUAGAAAAUUGACUUCUUCAAAGAGGUAAGAGAGAAGCAAAAGAAGUAAGAAAAUGCUGGGAUCAGAACGAGGUGUGGUGGAAGAAUGGCUGUCAGAAUUCAAGGCAUUACCUGAAACACAAAUUUCCAGCUAUGCAGCUACAUUGCACCGAAAAAAACCAUUGGUACCAGCUCUUUAUAAGGUCAUUCAAGACCCAAACAAUGAGCUCCUGGAGCCCGUUUGCCACCAGCUCUUUGAACUUUACCGGAGCUCAGAGGUUCGGCUGAAGAGAUUCACCCUGCAGUUCCUGCCUGAGCUGAUCUGGGUGUACCUGCGUCUGACUGCCAGCAGGGACAGGCAGAGCAAUGGCUGCAUCGAAGCCUUGCUGCUGGGCAUUUACAACCUGGAAAUUGCUGACAAAGAUGGAAACAACAAAGUUUUAUCCUUCACCAUCCCUUCGUUAUCUAAGCCCUCAAUAUACCAUGAGCCCUCUACUAUUGGAUCCAUGGCUUUAACUGAAGGAGCUCUGUGUCAGCAUGAUCUCAUCAGGGUAGUUUACAGUGAUCUUCAUCCUCAAAGAGAAACCUUCACAGCCCAGAACAGGUUUGAGGUGCUGAGCUUUCUUAUGCUGUGCUACAAUUCUGCUAUUGUCUAUAUGCCUGCCUCUUCUUACCAGUCACUUUGUAGGAUGGGUUCCAGGCUGUGUGUGAGUGGGUUUCCACGGCAGCAGGAGAAACGCUGGAAAGAACACUGUGGUAGAGUGGUGUUAGACCCUGACUUCAUGGUGCAGCUGCUCACAGGUGUCUACUAUGCCAUAUAUAAUGGUCAGUGGGAUCUUGGCCAGGAGGUGCUGGAGGACAUAAUUUACAGAGCACAGCUUGAACUCUACUCACAGCCUCUUCUGGUUGCCAAUGCCAUGAAGAACUCCCUGCCCUUUGAUGCUCCUGAUUCAUCUCAGGAUGGCCAGAAGGUACUGAAGGUGGAAGUGACUCCCACAGUGCCCAGGAUUUCUCGGACUGCUAUUACAACAGCUUCCAUCCGGCGGCACCGCUGGAGGAGAGAAGAUGGCUUUGACUUCUCAAACGAGGCUGACUCCAGCAUCCCUGGCUCCCCGACCCAACACGGCUCCACAGACCUAGGGAUCAAACGUGAGCAAGAGGGGGAGGUGCUGGUGCGCAAGACCCCUGAGCAUGGCUUCCCGGAGCCCACCUUGGCAGCAGCCACCACAGAGGACACCGAGGGCAUCAACGGCAGAGAGGAAUCUGUGAACCUUAAUGAUGCUGACGAAGGGUUUUCCUCAGGAGCUUCCCUCAGCAGCCAGCCAGUCGGGACCAAACCUCUGCCAGCUGGAGCCCAGAAGGGCAGCUUCAGGAAAACGGCGAGCGGGCGUUCUGCUAAGGAUAAAGAAACCUCCCCUGCCGUAAAAUCCAACGAGGGCCCUCGAGAUCCAGCAGCCUGGAAGCAGUAUGUGCACCAGUCCAUGGACCUAGAUGCAGAGCUACAGGAGAUGACACCCACUAAGAAACACCUCAGCCUGCCUGCUGGGCAGGUGGUGCCAAAAGCCAACAGUUUGAGCCUGAUCAGGACCGCCAGUGCUUCCUCCAGUAAAUCUUUUGACUAUGUGAAUGGCAGUCAAGCGGGCUCCAGUGUGGGAGCUGGCUCAGAGAGUGGUACCAACCUGGCAGCUGGCAACACCAACAGGUUUUCCACCAUCAGCCUCCAAGAGGACCGCCUAGGCCAAGCUGGGGAAGGCAAAGAUCUCCUGUCCCCAGGAGCUCCCCUCACCAAGCAGUCUCGAUCUCCGAGUUUCAAUAUGCAGCUGAUAUCCCAGGUGUAAAUUGGACUCCCUUCCUUAGGACUCCCUCUUUUCCCCUGGAUCCCCAGGCAAGUUCAUCCUUAGGCAACCGUCGUCCCACAGUGUGAAAAUACUGACUGUUGUGAUCUUGUUUGAUUUGGUUUAGCUAUCAUACUGUAUUACUGAAACAGCAAUAAUUCUUCCCUCACCUUCGCCCUCCCCUUCUCCCCUCCUCGUAAACAUGGUUGUGAAGCAGUAUAUAAUGUACUGUAUGCCUUUUUCCAUGCCUUCCUUUCUCCUUGGGUGACGUGCAAUCCAUCGUAGGCUGAUCAGUCCCAUUUCAGCACUGUGAGACUGGAGACGCCGUGGGAAAUGGUGAAUGUGAUCCCUCUGAGCUGAGUGAGGCUUUGGCUUGGGGCAGGAAUAGAAACGGGUUUGUUUGCUCGGUCUGCAGUACUGCAAAGACUACUGGAUCAUGACUUCUCUUUCUCAGAACCAGGAGUGCCUCAGAGAUUUCUGGUGUGACUUUGGACCUCUCUGAGUCUGUGCAAUCAAUUCUGGGGAGGGGGUUAUCAUUGCUGCUCCUGGCUGCCUACAGCACUUUUUUCAUUAAAAUGAGGGUGGUGUUUUUUUUUCCUUGCCUGCCCCCAGUCUCUCAUCCCAGAAGCUUUUGAUGUUCAGCAACUGAGAGGUGCAUAUUAUCGAGUUGUUUUCCCUCAGAGAGAGGAUUCUAAGCAGAUAAUGUGGGUGACAAUGCACUUCUGAUGGCGUUGUAGCCCUGUGUGAUGUUCCAUGUCUUCCCCUCUAGGACACAGGGUCAGUCUGCAUACAGACUCAAAAAUUUAGACACCACCAACGCUGUUCAAGCAGUUUGCUUUGUGGGUGGGAGGGGAACACUACUUUCCCAGGAACUAAUGGCUAGCUCUGCUCAGCUUUCAUUCUUCUGAGGUGCUGAUCACUGAAUUGAAAAGUGUAUUCGGGUAAAGAGUAUUUUUCAGGCUGCUUUCUAUGCUGUUGUGGCUGUUGGACAUCCCCAGCCCCUCUCAGCUGCUGUCUCUGUGUCCCUGAAGUCAAUUGUGGAAAAAUCCUGCAGUCCAGACAGAGCAUGCUCUGAAGGGGCUGUCUCAGGGAUGGUGACAAUAUUUUGUUAGAAACACUGAAGCUUUGAUGUGAAAUUCUUGCUUAGACACACUUUGUGCAAAGGGGGACUGACAGUCCUUUAUUUUUAUUUUUUUUUUUAACCCAGAAGGCUCCCACUUCAUUGCCUUGGUAUCUAGAAUCCAUUGAGGGGUUUUAAUUUUUUUAGUGGAUUGGCCCUACUCUAGAAUAAAUGUAGAACUCGUGCCA